UUUCGAAUGCGGCAUAUACUGGUUUUGGGUUAAGAGGCGGGUCAGGGACCAACCAAUCAUGACUCUCGGUACCGACCAAUCAGAUGACAGACAGGGUUCUCUUCCUGUUUGGCCGAGGGACUCAUUAUCGGUCAGUUGCACGAACGGAUAUCAUGGGAGGGAUCAAACAAGAGCAGAGUGAUGCAUCACAUCAGCCCAAACCUUCACAUUCAGCAGAUCAACCACAAGAUGAGCCCAAGAAGAGAGGAUGGCCGAAGGGAAAGAAAAGAAAGAAGGUGCUACCAAAUGGUCCCAAGGCACCAGUAACUGGAUAUGUCCGCUUCUUGAAUGAACGACGAGAACAUAUGCGGGCCCGAUACCCUGACUUACCAUUCCCGGAAAUUACCAAGAGACUUGGGGCAGAGUGGACACGAUUAGCCCAGAAUGACAAACAGCGUUACCUGGACGAGGCAGAACGGGAGAAGAUGCAGUAUGCCCAGGAACUGAAGGAAUAUCAGCAGACUGAGGCCUAUCAGAUCACCAGUGCCAAGAUACAAGACAAGAGGAUCAAGAAAGAAGACACUCCAUCUGUCAUCAUCAGUACUACCUCAGAGUCCUCUUUAUCAAAGGCUUCUGACCUCUCAAGCAGAUUUGACAUCCCUAUCUUCACAGAGGAGUUCCUUGAUCAGAACAAAGCUCGAGAGGCUGAGUUACGACGGCUUCGUAAGGCUAACAUUGAGUUUGAAGAGCAGAAUGCAGUGCUCCAGCGGCACAUUAAGGACAUGUACAAUGCUAAAGAGCGCCUAGAGGCUGAACUGGGGCUGGACGAGAAGCGUACCCAGGCUCUUCACCAACACUUGCUGGCAAUUAAACACACAUUGGUCAACAGUCUGUCAUCAGUCCCCCUGCCAGGUACAGGUGAGACCGCAUCUCUUGGGAACCUGGACUCCUACCUGAGUCGUCUCAGUGGAGUGCUGGAGGGAAACCCCCACAAGCAUCGUGCCCUGCUGUCCCAGCUUUGCGAAGUCCUCUCUCAUUUUGACAGUGAGAAGUUAUGAGGAGACUCAAGCUGGAGACCCUUUAAUUCCUGCAUCAGAGGGACACAUGACAGGCUCGAUGGUAUUAGGUCAAGUCAGUGCCAUUCAGCAGAGCAUAUGGAUAUCUCAAGGAUAGUAAAGGCAAGGGUAUGAACACUUCCAAAGACCACACACACAGUCCAUAUCUACAUGCCUCUUUUUAAUGAAUAUGUGUAUUCUGCAGAAUAUGUGUAUUCAUGCACAUGAGUAUUUUUGCGAAUGUAAAUCUUUGUGACAGUGUUGAGGGUUUUUUACAGUUCAGGAAUUUCAUUAAAUGUAAUGUAAUUUUAUCUUCUGAUCUGCCUUAAUUAAGUAAAUUUGGAUUGACCCUAAUCCUAUUGUGUAGAAUCAGCAGUUACCUACAGGGCCAUGACCUGCCCAAUAAGACAAAUCUAAUUAUUAGUUUACAAUAAAUGUCAUUUGGCGUUUGGGGGGUGGUGAAAGUGUAUGUAGUGUUAUUUAGAAUGCAUGAAAAAAAAAACUGGAAGGGGUGAAAAUAAAAUGUUGGAAUUUACGUUGAUAAUGGCAGAUUGUUGAAUGGACAAGCAGUUUGACAUGUUGUCAGAAUAUUAUAUAUUUGUGAAGUAUAUUUGUAUUUUCUGAAAUGUUCAUUAAACCAUACUGAAAAUGUUUCCAG